AUGAUGAAAUUAAACCAAAAGUUUUUAGUCAGUUUAACGAAAAUUGACCAUAAAGUUUACCACAAGUAUGUAUAUUGUAAACCAGAAAAUUAUUUUUGUAAAAUACACAGGCUCAGAAGUCACCUGAACGGAUGUGCAUUUUACAAGUUAAUACCUCUGGUCGAUGAUGUUAGGUAUUACCACGCGACAAAAGAUUCUUUUUUCAAGAAGCUUACAAAAAGUGAUUCUUUACCUGAGUUCCUGGUAAAAAACUCAUCAGAAAAAAUAAAGCCAUAUUUAAAAUUAAUGAGAUUGCAUCAACCAGCCGGAUCAUGGCUUUUAUUCUGGCCUUGUAGUUGGAGUAUUGGUAUGGCAGCAGAAAAUGGAGAACUACCCAAUCUAUCAAUGUUAGCUUUAUUCGGGGCUGGUGCUUUAAUCAUGAGAGGAGCUGGUUGUACCAUUAAUGACUUAUGGGAUAAAGAUAUAGAUUCUAAAGUUUCCAGAACAAGCAACAGGCCUUUGGUGACAGGGCAAGUUACCAAGUUCAAGGCAUUGGUUUUUUUAGGUGGACAAUUAUCGAUUUCGCUUUUGAUUUUACUGCAGUUAAAUUGGUAUUCUGUUUUUCUCGGUGCUUCUUCUCUACUUUUGGUCAUUACCUAUCCUUUAAUGAAAAGAAUAACUUAUUGGCCUCAACUCAUACUAGGCUGUACAUUCAAUUGGGGUGCUCUACUGGGAUGGUCUGCUGUUCACGGAAGCUGUGACUGGAGUAUUUGUUUGCCACUCUACUUAAGUGGAAUAUCAUGGACUCUGUUUUAUGACACAAUUUAUGCAUACCAGGAUGUGGUUGAUGAUUUAAGUUUGGGUAUUAAAUCUACUGCAAUCAAGUUUGGUUCUGAUGCUAAGUAUUACUUAAGUGCUUUUGCAACGAUAAUGAUUUCCUCAUUAUUACUUGCUGGAUACAAUAGCAGUCAAACUUUUUGUUAUUAUUUCUCAGUGGCUGCAGCUGCAACUCAUUUGGGACUUCAGGUAAAAACUUUAGAUAUUGAUCAACCGAUUGACUGUUGGAAAAAAUUUAUUUCUAAUAGGUAUUUAGGAGGAAUUAUUUUUGCUGGCAUUGUGUUAGGAACGUUUUUUAAAAAAAAAAAAAAGAAAAAAACAUGA